UUUAAGAAGGGUUUAAAAAAGAACACCUUCAGUAGUGAUGUCGUUUUUAUUUAAGUUAUUUAAACCUAUAUGAAGCAGUAUUCUUGCCAACUUCUGUCGUGUUAUUAAGGAGGAUUGAGAAAGGAACAGGCUUACCCAGAGCCCACAAAUCAAAUCGGCCUAUAUCAUUUAUUUAUCCAGUUCAUAUCAUUUCUCAGAAAGCUAAAUUGCAUGUUCUUGUAAUUUCAGAGUUUUCAUCUGCAAUAUGUUUCUUUAGAGCCAUCCCAACUCGAAUCUUAAAUAUUUCUGGUCUACUUUGUCCAUUGCGUAAUGCGGUAGCAAAAUAAGUGUAUGUUUUACACCGGACUUGUGGAUAUGGUUAUUUAGCUAGUGGACGCCAAAUUAACCAUCUGGCGUUAGGACCCCGUGGUUGCGCGCAGGGACAUUACCCGCUGCACUGUCCGGAUGGGCACACUAAACACUCGUUAACAAUAAAUCGUCUCGUAACCUGAAGUUGAAGGAGUCCCCCGGUCUGAAAGUGACGACCACAACAUCAAUUUGAAGAAGGGGGAGCACGUGGUUAAGUAAGUCUUAUAAAUAUCCCUCUACAACCGGCCGCAUGCUGUUGUGCCACUGGCAACAUCAGCUCUGUGGACCGAUUUUCAGCAAGAAGGGAUGGAGGAACGCGUCAACGGUUUACCAUUGUAUUAAAAGGAAUUAUCUUUAUACUUCAACCCACUUGCCAUACUUCAGAUUUUUUUUAAUCUCGCACUUUCUCCAUUUAUAUUGACCCAACACAUGCGUUAUAACAACUUUUAAUAGGUUAUAUCUCCUCGAGACGACACCUUGCGAGUACCAGAACGGGUUGAUUUUUGCACUGUCGUAUGUUAUUCUGUCAAGAACCGCGAUGCAACUGCUCAGCGAAGCCCAUCUUGAUCUUGAGAUAGAGAAAUCAAAGACGGAUUUGUGCUGAGCGCGGUACUGGCCACCGUUGGAAAGCUCGCAGCGCUCUGAUGCGGUGGAGGUGUGCGCUAACCCACAGGCUACACGUCUGUUCUGUACAACUGGAGAUAGCGAGCUAGCUGGUUGUAGUUUGUUUUACUUCCAAGGUUUUUGUAUUAAACUUUCAUUGCCAUUUGAUGGCCACAAUUCGGUCUUUUUGUUUGGACAAUUGUAACUUUACGCGCGUUUAGUAUGCGUUUAUUGUGAAGUGAUUGGUAAUAUACAUAGCCUACUGCUGCUGUCUGCUCCCCGUAUAACGGAUUUUACAGAUUAUUUCCCUUCCAUGGUUGUUAAAUGGAUUUCCAGGUACAUUUUGAAAUACUGUGCUGAAACUGGGAUCACAAAACUACCACGUUUCCCAAUAUUUAGGCUACAAGUAGUUAAGUGUGUAGGCCUAUAUUUAGUGGUAAUAAAAUCCAAUAUUUUUGCUUUUUUCAUGUUUAUAUUGCCUUUCUGUUAUAUCUAAAUUCCCUUUCCAAGGCAGCUUUAUCGUUUUUUGUCAAGAUUUCAAGACGCUGCUGUAGUCUACUUUUAGAGUUCACAAUGAACUACUGCGUUUUAAGUCUUCUCCUGACCUUGGAUUUAGCCACUGUGGCCGUCAGUUUGUCUACAUGCAGUACGCUGGACAUGGAUCAGUUUAUGAAAAAGCGCAUAGAAGCCAUCCGGGGACAGAUACUGAGCAAGCUGAAGCUCACGAGCCCGCCGGAGACAUACCCCAAACCCGAGGAGGUGUCGCGGGAUAUCAUCGCCAUCUAUAACAGCACGAGGGACCUGUUGCAGGAGAAAGCCAACGAACGGGCAGCAACGUGUGAGCGCCAACGAAGCGAGGAGGAGUACUAUGCAAAAGAGGUUCACAAAAUCGACAUGCAACCCCCCUACCCCUCUGAGAAUGUCAUCUCUCCCACGCACUACAACCCGUAUUACAGACGGCUCACCUUCGACGUGACCUCCAUGGAGAAGAAUGCCUCUAACCUGGUCAAGGCUGAGCUACGCGUCUUCCGCCUCCAGAACACCAAGGCCCGCGUGUCUGAACAGAGGAUUGAGCUGUACCAGAUUUUAAGUCACAAGGACCUGGCUUCCCCGACGCAGCGCUACAUCGACAGCAAGGUGGUGCGCACGCGCAUGGAGGGGGAGUGGCUGUCUUUUGAUGUGACAGAGGCAGUCAGUGAAUGGUUGCUUCACAGAGACAGAAACAGUGGAUUCAAGAUCAGCUUGCACUGUCCGUGCUGCACGUUUGUUCCCUCAAACAACUACAUCAUCCCCAAUAAGAGUGAGGAGCUGGAAACCCGCUUUGCAGGUAUAGAUGACAGCUUCCACCACAGCGGAGACCUGAAGGUGUAUAGGAAGCGGCGCCACAGCGCCCAGGCUCCACACCUGCUCAUGAUGCUGCUGCCCUCCUACCGCCUGGAGUCCCAGCACAAGAGCCACCGCUCCAAACGAGCCCUGGACGCUGCCUUCUGCUCCAGAAAUGUUCAGGAUAACUGCUGCUUGCGGUCGCUCUACAUCGACUUCAAGAAGGAUCUGGGCUGGCGGUGGAUCCAUGAGCCCAAGGGUUACAACGCUAACUUCUGUGCCGGGGCCUGUCCCUAUCUAUGGAGCGCUGACACCCAGCAUUCCAAGGUGCUAGGUCUGUACAACACCAUCAACCCGGAGGCGUCAGCAUCGCCCUGCUGUGUGUCUCAGGAUCUGGAACCUCUCACCAUCCUCUACUACAUCGGCAAGACCCCCAAGAUAGAGCAGCUCUCCAACAUGAUCGUCAAGUCCUGCAAGUGCAGCUAGGAACUGUUACAAGGCAACACACAUGUGCAUACACACACGUUCAGUCACACACAUUCAUACACACGUGCAUAUUCAGUCACACACACACUUGGAUAAACACACAUUCAGUCACACACACAUGCGUACACACGUGUAUGCACCAACCCACCCACACCUACACACACACAUAAAUACACAUACUGUACAUAUACACACAUUCAUCCACAAACACAUACUGUACACACAGUCAGUCACACGAACAGUCUCCUGCACUAUUGUAAAGACAUAUUUGAUCUCCUACAAGCACAAAUGGAAAAGGUGCUGAGCAGAUCUAGGUACACAAAACAUGUCUCCCGAAACAACCAUACACACACACACACACAUGCACGUGCGCACACACACACACACACAGCUGUGGCUUUUGUACAGGCGUGCCUGUGUUUUUGUGUUUAGAAAGGCCCUGUUAACAUGCCUCACCUCACACACUUGUCACACAAAGACGCAAGAGUACGGCAAACACUGGAAAAAAGUAUACGUGUCUAUAUGUGAAAUAAUACGUCUGAGAAACAAAGACGACCGACCCCGGUUUCAAAACUCAAAGCAAGCCAUCUUCUUGAUUUUGUUUGUCUCGUUUUGCAUCCUUUUGAACCUAUUGUAAUUUUAUAUUUUGUUUAGAUUUUUGAUAAUUGUGUUGCCUAUUUAAAAUCCAGUGUAUUAUGGUUAGCACCCAAAUUGUUUUCAAACUCUCUCUCGAGAAGUGGUGGAUGAAUCCACUCCCCAUUGUCAGUUGACUAAUAUGUUAUAACAUAGUAAUGUUAUAAUCUCGUCCCAUAUGCUGUUUAUAUGUGUUGUAACAGCCAUGUAAAGGCAGAAAGAGGCUAGGAGCCUGUAAGAGGGAGACUGCAAGAGAGAGACAGAAUGAAAGAAAAUAAGCACACCUGGUAUGCCUACCUUUUCAACAGAGACUCAUCCUCACACAGGCAUAUUCAUUUUAAAAAAGCACACACCCAUCACAAACCCUGCAGCGGGCAACAUAUUCAGACUGCUGGAAUGAACAGUUCUGACAUUUUGAUAACAAAACAAAAAAACACAAAAAAAAGUGUCCCAAAGUUCUGUUGAGCUCUGUUUACCUUGUGCAUUGAAUCUUGAAUGCUUUAGGGAGCCCAACAGUGAUUCCAUCAACUACACAAGGUAUGUCAUCAUAAACACACAUUUAAGAUUUCUGUGGAUAUGUUGGAUUGUUCUUAUUGGAACAGGGUUGUCCUUGUCUAUAUGAUGCAGUGGUAUGGGAAUGGGGAGGUAUAGUAGUUAGGGAGGUGUAGUAGUGUUGUAGUGAUAAUUAGAGAGAAGGGAUACAAUAGGUGAGAAUGGACAGUAGAUGUGACCUGGUUCAGAGAUUCUCCAUGAACCUUUGAUACCAUUCCAUUAGGUCUGAGAUUGCUUUAGGUCGGAGGUCAAAAGGUCAUAUUUCCAGGUGUGCAGUAGUUGUUAUGGACACCAGCGUUGUAUCUGCACAUUUGCAUCUGAAAUGCUUCGUCUCGCCCGCCUCCCUCAAAGUGUAAAGCCAUUAUUCAGUCAUAGGUUUUUUGUCCUUUGUAGGAAUAAAAAUAGUUAGAUACAAAGAAUUGCACUGACGCUAUUUCGAUUCUGUUUUUUAUUUUUUUAUUAGUCGUUACUUCCCCCUUAUUAAAUGAGGAGUGUUGAUGAGGAAGUGUAGGUGACACUACCCCGCCCCUAACUCCACCCACCUUUGGGCACCCGCGCCAGUGGGUGUCGAGGCACCAAUAUUGUUAUGAUAGAGCUAUUAUUUUUCGUUGUUGUUGUUUAUGAUAAUUAUGUUUUUGUUGUUGUUGACCCACUAUGAUGUAUUGUAACACAUUAUUGUUGUUGUACUCUAGUGGUAAAUAAAUUAUUUAAAUUACAAGGGAA